CCGCACCGCCGCCCCCGCCUCGCGAAGCUCGAGAAGGUGCACCCGGGCAGGGACGGGGGCGGCCGCGGCGGCGAGUUGCUUCUCCCGGUCGCGGAGGGCGGGGGCAGGGGCGAGGGCAGGGCCUGCGCGAUCGCGGGGAGCGGGCAAGCACCGGGAUCCUGGGCCGGGAGCCCGUCGGUGUCGCCCGCCACCCAACUGGGCGAGGGUUCGGGGCGCCCACGUGGUGGGAAAGUUUCGAGACAGCAAAAGUGGCCGGGCAUUGCGGGGGUGGGGGGGGGGAGGGGAGAGGGCCGGCUCGCCCCUCCUUCCAGCGAAGGCAGAAAGGAAAAAGCGGGGGGAAGCGGGGGUGGGCGUGGAGAGCGGGAGGCAGCGACUUGAACAGAUUCCGCCCCCCCCCCCCCGGGGGGGCAGCCGGAGCGGGGAGGCACGGACAGUCUCCUCCCGCAUGGCCAGGACGAGGAGACUAGCUCACCCCCCCCCCUUUUUUUUUAUGCCAACGUCUAUCUCAACGCGCGCGCACAUACGGAGAUUGUACAGCUUUUUUUUACCCCCUUGGGAGAAAAAACGAGGAGAGUAAAAGAAGAGAGGGCAAAGAGAAGAACUCCUCGGCAGGCUCUGCACUGUGUCGCGGCCGGGCGCAGGGACGCGGCCGCCACCCUCCCGCUCUCUCUCGGCCCUGCGGCGUGUGCCAGUGGGAGAGCGAGCUAGGGCACCCGCACCCGGGAACGCUGCGAGACUUUUAGACGCUCCAACCGACCUCGCCGCCGCUGCAGCAGGCAGGAGAGAGAGGGGCGAGAAGGGCCCAGCCUCCACCUUGCCUUCCUCGCACGGCGCCCCGCGCCCAGCCGGCCCGCGCAGGCAGGCGGAGGGAGGGAGGCAAGCGAGAAGGCGGGCGGAGCGGAGGCCCCGGCGGAGCGCGCAGCGGCCGGCCCGCCCGCCGGUGGAUGCGGCGCCCCGGGAGCCUAGAGACAACUUUGCCGUGUGACGCGCCGGGAGGACUGCAGGGCCCGCGGCCGGGGGCUCCGCUCCGCCUCUGAGCGGGCCCGCGCGGCCAGCGCUCCCCGGCGCUCCCGCCACUGCGCUCGCCCCGCUCCGCCGCCCGCCCGCCGGCCCGAGGCGAGGACUACCGGCCCGUCGCCGGCGGCCGCGGCCCUUCUUCGGCGCUCAGGUGCGAGCGCGGGGCCCCGCCGCAGCGCCCGCCGCAGCGCCGCGCCAAGCCGCGCCCGGCUCUGCUCCGGGGACUCCGGCGCCUUCGCUUCCGUCUCGGCCAAGUUGCGUCGACCGGCCCUUUCGCCACCUUCCCCGCGCGGCGGCCGAGGCGCCGCUGCCGCCGCUUUAGCUUCACCGGAGCUGGGGGCUGCGGGGCCCCGACGCGGAGAGGAUGGGGGGAAGGCUGCAGAUGCCGAGGCGCCCUGAGACGCCCGCGCGGCAGUGACCCUCCGGCCCCCUCCUCGCCGGCGCGCCUCUCCGGCCCCCGCGGCCCUCGGCGCCCCUUCCCCGCCGCGCGGGAACCCCCGCGGCCCGGCCGGCCCCCUCCCCCUGCUAGCCGGCGGCGGCCCUCCCGGCGGGCGGGCGGAGGCCCGGGCGGGCGCGGGCGGGGGCGGGGCGGGGCGGCGCGCCGGGAGCCCGGAGCCCGGCCCUGCGCUCGGCUCGGCUCGCCUCGCGGCGGGCGCCCUCGUCGCCAGCGGCGCACCAUGGACGGGCCCGGUCGGGCGCUGGGGGCCGCCUGCCUUUUGCUGCUGGCGGCCGGCUGGCUGGGGCCCGAGGCCUGGGGCUCGCCCACGCCCCCUCCGUCGCCUGCCGCGCCGCCACCGCCCCCGCCGCCCGGAGCCCCCGGUGGCUCGCAGGACACCUGCACGUCGUGCGGCGGCUUCCGGCGGCCGGAGGAGCUGGGCCGGGUGGACGGGGACUUCCUGGAGGCGGUGAAGCGGCACAUCUUGAGCCGCCUGCAGAUGCGGGGCCGGCCCAACAUCACGCAUGCCGUGCCCAAGGCCGCCAUGGUCACUGCCCUGCGCAAGCUGCACGCGGGCAAGGUGCGCGAAGACGGCCGUGUGGAGAUCCCGCACCUCGACGGCCACGCCAGCCCGGGCGCAGAUGGCCAGGAGCGCGUCUCGGAGAUCAUCAGCUUCGCCGAGACAGAUGGCCUCGCCUCCUCCCGUGUCCGUCUGUACUUCUUCAUCUCCAAUGAAGGCAACCAGAACCUCUUUGUGGUGCAGGCCAGCCUGUGGCUCUACCUGAAGCUCCUGCCCUAUGUCCUGGAGAAGGGCAAUCGGAGGAAGGUGCGGGUCAAGGUAUACUUCCAGGAGCAGGGCCACGGCGACCGGUGGGACGUGGUAGAGAAGAAGGUGGACCUCAAGCGCAGUGGCUGGCACACCUUCCCUCUCACCGAGGCCAUCCAGGCCUUGUUCGAGCGCGGCGAGCGGCGGCUCAACCUGGACGUGCAGUGCGACGGCUGCCCGGAGCUGGCCGUGGUGCCUGUGUUUGUGGACCCAGGCGAGGAGUCGCACCGGCCCUUCGUGGUGGUGCAGGCCCGGCUGGGAGACAGCAGGCACCGCAUCCGCAAGCGGGGCCUGGAGUGCGAUGGCCGGACCAACCUCUGUUGCAGGCAACAGUUCUUCAUCGAUUUCCGCCUCAUUGGCUGGAAUGACUGGAUCAUCGCGCCCACUGGCUACUACGGGAACUACUGUGAGGGCAGCUGCCCGGCCUACCUGGCAGGGGUCCCUGGCUCUGCCUCGUCCUUCCACACGGCGGUGGUGAACCAGUACCGCAUGCGGGGCCUCAACCCUGGCACGGUGAACUCCUGCUGCAUCCCCACUAAGUUGAGCACCAUGUCCAUGCUCUACUUCGACGACGAGUAUAACAUCGUCAAGCGGGACGUGCCCAACAUGAUCGUGGAGGAGUGCGGCUGUGCCUGACCGCAGCAGGGCUGCGGCCGUGGGGGGAGGGGGCGUGGGGGGGCACGAGGGUGGGGCCCCUGGAAGGGCUUCUUCCAGCCCCUGUGGGAACCGGCUGCCCAGCCCCCUGAGUGCGGUCCUUCUGUCGGGCUGCCCAGCAGGUGCCAGGGUGAGGCCUGAAAUCUUUUCCUACUACUUCAUCGAGCAAAUCAGUCCAAGCCAGAGCCCGGACGCUCAACUGACACGAGAUACUUUCAAAUGCACACGUAGAUGCGCACAGCCAGACGCGUCCUGCCACCCACACGGCAGCCUCCGGGAUACCAGCAAAUGGAUGCAGUGACAAAUGGCAGCUUAGCUACAAAUGCCUGUCAGUCGGAGAGAAUGGGGUGAGCAGCCACCAUUCCCACCAGCUGGACCGGCCAUUCUGAAUUGCGCCUUCGGAGCACACAUAAAAGCACAAAGACAGAGACUCAGAGAGAGAAAGAGAGAGAGGGAGAGGGAGCACCAGAGCCACAGAGAGGAAAAGCAGAUGCAGGGGUGGGGAAUGUACGGACAGGCAGGAGGGCUGUGUGUCCCCCUUUGCUUGUGUGCAAGGCCCGCCAGGCCUCAGCAUCUCCUGGCUCAGACAUGCUGGCUUCCUUCCCUGCCUGGGAUCCUUCAUGCUGCAGGACCAGGGGAAGCCUGGCUUUUCCCAGCCUUGUAGAGGGAAAGAGGCCCGGAAUGGACACAACCUGCCAGAGACCAUGGAGCCGUGGCAAUGACCAUUUGACUGUCGCUUGGGUCCCUGGCGUGACUUAUAUGUGUGUGUAUGUUGGGGGGAGGGAGGGAGGGAGAGGAGAAGGGUCUUAAUUUGAUGCUUUAACUGAUCACUAGCAGUUGACAGACAGGUCACACAUUCCAGUUGUAUCCUUGGAAAGGGACUUUUCUACCAGGUAGGACCUUUUAAAUUAAGAUUUGAAUCAUUUUACAAGGGAAGAAAAAAAAAAGUUGCAAUCUGUGCCCUUCACUGGGGAUGUUCCUCCAGGACUGGUUGGGAUAGGGUUGGAAAUGACCCCAAGGCAAGGGAAUGAGCCCAGAGGAGGAGGAAAGGGUGAAGUGGAGGCAUUCUGGAAAUGCUGGUAGGCAUGGAGGGGGGGUGCCCUCCCCCCACCCCAGUAGGGUUUGUGGGAGGGGAGUAGUGUAGCUGAUCUGGGAGAGCCGGGGAAGGUUUUCAGCUGCUUUGCAGAAGUUACCCUCGUGGGUCCCAGCCACCAGGGCGGACCAUGGACGUGCCCCCGGCUUCCCGCCUGCUCGCCUGCCCGCCCGCCCCUCCUAGCACUUGCCGACUUGCCUGAACGCCCGUGAUCUUGCACUUGCCCAUCUGCGUGUGUCCAGGAGUGGCCCUUGGCAGAGCACUGAACUCGCUCGGCCCCCAGAGGCCCAGGUGCCACGUGAACUAUGCAAUUUAAAGGGUUGACCCACACUAGACGAAACUGGACUCGUACGACUCUUUUUAUAUUUUUUAUACUUGAAAUGAAAUCCUUUGCUUCUUUUUUAAGCGAAUGAUUGCUUUUAAUGUUUGCACUGAUUUAGUUGCAUGAUUAGUCAGAAACUGCCAUUUGAAAAAAGAAGUUAUUUUUAUAGCAGCAAAAAAAAAAAUACAGUUAAAUGUAUUAUACAUAAUUUUGGAACCAAAGAGGCCAACAGAUCAGUUUUAAUUUUUAUUAGAUGGUGAGGCCAUCUUCUAUGAGGUAGACGUUCUGAACAAUCCCUUGAGUGGCCUGCCAACGUUUCAGGGUAUAAAUGGAUUUUGUUUAUUCAGUUUGAUGUGUCUUUUCUAUCUUUACACACCCAGAAGGUACAGAAAAAAAAAUGACUAUGGUAGAAUGCAGGUGUGCGUCCUUAAAUCCCCACCUUUAUGUUUAUUUAAUAAAGCUCCCCUUAGGUUCUGUUUCAUAAUAAUUUAAAACCAAACAAUUUUCCCAUAGACUUGCUGUUAAAGUAUUUUACAUCUGUGUACAGUUUAAGAAAAUAAAAGAUCGAGUGCCACGGGC